AUCAUCUCCUUGCUGUGUAUCAUCACUAGUUACUCCCUCCUUUUAUAUACUGCUAGCUGGUUCCGAGUGAUUACCCACAGCAACAGAAGCAGUUCUCCAGGCAAUAGACUAGCUAGAUGCGCAUCACCAAAGAGUAGCUUUCGUCUAGAACGAAGAAACACCCCCCACUACAUGGCCGCGCUCAGUUCUUGUGUUGCUUCUGGAGGCCUGGCACUUCAGGCCACCCUUGUGGUUUCUCCUCCUCGCCGCCGCGGGACUCCAGUCGUCAUCUCCGUAUCAUCUCAUGGUCGCCGCCCAAGUCUUAUCGGCUCCACCAUGAAUCCUUCAGGCAUGGCUCCGAUCAAAAGAACUACACGAAUUCGUGCGGUUCAUCCAUGCCCUGCAAAUUCGUUAGGAGGAAGCCUCACCAUCAUCCCAAUACCUGACCUGCUUUCAUCAUGGCUCUGGAUGUUCGGAGCGGCCAUAGCUGCAGCAGUGCCUCUUUACAGAAGGUUCAGAGCAUUAGAAGAUAACGUAGAGAAGACGGCGGAGGCGGCGAUCGAGGUGAUCGACUCGGUGGCGGAGGCGACCGAGAAGGUCGCCGACGAGGUUGCGCAAGCGUUCCCCGGCAGUGAAACUCUCAAGCAGGCAGCCUCCAAGAUUAAGACGAUCGCGGAUGAGAUCGAGGAAGAUGCCGACAAAGCUGAGGCCCUGAUUGAGAAGGUUGACGAGAUAAAGAAAGAGGUGGAUUCAAUCGUCGAUCCUAUACUCGACAAGGUCGCCAAAGACAAGUCCUAGAGAAAGAGCCCAACUGGAGGAGACAAAUAAAACAUCCAGUAAAUUAGUUUAAGAAGCAUUAGUUGAGCAGUAACCGGAAGACACUACGUACGGGGGCAACAUGACACGUCGGGUGUCAUCACCUAUUUCUCUCAUCGAUUCAUUGCUUUCAGUUUCAGUCACGUGUUUGUUCAGUUUUAGUGACUUCCUCCCUACGAAAUUCUAUGAGAGAACAAAUUUCCUUGGAUGUUU